AUGCCGCAGAUGACGUGCACCAGCACAGCGAUGGACGGUCAUGAGGUGAGCAAGUGCGGGAAUCGAAACGACACGACUGCCAAUGGAGCUGGGCAACAGUCGACGACGACGACGACGACGACGACGCUUCGCAAGAGCCGGCCGGUCCGGGCGUCAGCGUCGACAAGGGCCUCGGUGCUGGACGGAUUUGAUGGAGAGCUGGCCCGGCAACAGCACAGCAACGGCCCCGGCCCCGGCACCCGCACCCGCACCGGCACCAGGCGAGGCGAGGCCAAGAGGUGA